UUCGCGCUCUCUCUUGGCGGAGCUGUGGAGCUAGGGUUUGAGAGCGCUUGCCCCGGAUUCUCUCGCGAUCUGGAAUGAGAUAAAUCGCGCGGCGCUGGCUCAUGAAGAUUGUGGCCCGGCAAGCAUGGGCACAUCUGCGACGGCGCGCUAGCAUGAUCGUCUCGUCCCGGAGCUUAAUCGGUGUUCCCUCAAGAAAUUUUGCAAAUGGAUGCGUUCAUCGGAAACUCUACGAGCAGGUGUUCCCUCUCGGCAGGCUUCAUCAUCUGCUUUGGAACUGCCGUGGGAUUCACUCGGCGGCGAUUAACCACGCGACUGGCGGGACGAUUACUCGACUCAGCUGGGAGAUGUGGUAUCGACCAUUUCAGGUUUUAUACAGAGCGUUCAUUAUCAUGGCGGAGGUCGUCUUGCUGAGCAUCUGGCAUGCCACGGAAAGGGAUGUCAAGAAACGAGCGGAAAGACUGCGCAGGUCACUCAUACGCCUUGGUCCAUUUUACAUCAAGCUUGGUCAGGCUCUGAGUACCAGACCGGACAUUCUUCCCAGUGUUUACUGUCACGAACUGUCAAAACUUCAGGACCAAAUCCCCCCAUUUCCUAGUUCUAAAGCGCUGAAGUUUAUUGAGAAGGAACUUGGAGCCCGCACUUCAGAAGUUUUUGCGGAGAUUAGCAAAGAACCUCUUGCCGCCGCAUCGCUGGGUCAAGUCUAUAAAGCCAAAUUGUUUUCUGGGGAAACUGUAGCCGUGAAAGUAUUGAGACCUGGUGUGCCUGCGCGUCUUGCUCUGGACGCGCGGCUGCUAAAUCUUGUUGGCGGCCAGCUGCAACGUUUUACCAGAGCACGGGGCGACGUUGCUGCCGUUGUAAACGAAAUGGUGGCUCAUAUGCUUGAGGAAACGGAUUAUCUUAACGAGGCCAAAAAUACAGAACGUUUUGCAAGCCUUUAUGGCAUCGAGCAUCCAGACGAAGGGCUACUAACCGGGAAAAGGAGAUCGAAGAAAGGAUUGGUUAAAGUCCCGAAGAUAUUUUGGCGUUACACUACCAAGGGUGUGCUCACAAUGGAGUGGAUUGACGGUAUUAAACUUACUGACAGGGAGAAACUAGAAAAGCUGAACCUCGACGUUCAGGAUCUCGUCGACCAGGGUGUCUUUUGUUCCCUGAGACAAUUGCUCGAAGAUGGUUUUUUCCAUGCUGAUCCUCAUCCUGGCAACCUCGUAGUGACUCACAAGGGGAUUCUUGCAUACUUUGAUUUUGGUAUGAUGAGUGACUUCCCUAGGCAUUACCGCAUUGGUCUCAUUCGCACGCUUGUACAUUUCGUGAAUCGAGACUCGGAAGGACUUGCUCAAGAUUUUCUGUCACUUGGAUUUACUCCCCACGGUUCCGACCUGAAGCCUAUUGUUCAUGCGCUCCGCAAGUCUUUUGGAGAUGAGAAGACAAAAGCCCAGCUAGAUUUUCAGGGCAUAAUGAGUCAGCUCUCCGAUGUUAUGUACGAGUUUAACUUUCGCCUGCCUCCAGAAUUCGGACUUGUGAUAAGAGCCUUGGGAUCUCUUGAAGGAACAGCAACAACUUUGGAUCCAGAAUUCAGAGUUAUCGAGAGUGCAUAUCCUUUUAUUGUCGGGAGACUUCUUUCAGAUCCUGAGCCGGAUAUGCGACAAAUACUGCUGGAGCUUUUGAUACGCACCAACGGCACAAUACGGUGGCAUCGGCUUGAGCGGCUGGUUGUAGCCAUAUCCCAAGACUCUACCCCUACCAAGCAGUCUAGACUCCAGUCAUUUGACAUGCGGGCUGUUGCAUCCGCAGCCGAUGAUCUGCUCGCCUACAUUCUCUCUGACAAAGGCAUACGAGUGCGAAUUUUGCUGGUCAAGGACAUCGUGAAGGCUUUGAAUGCACUUAUCAAAGAAAGCAUUCUUGAAUUUUACGGGCUGGAAAAUCAGCGAAGCAAUGUCGUGGAAGAGGCACCUGACCAAGACGUACAGCAGGCACCCGAACAAGAAGUACAGCAGGUGGAGAAGACAACUUUUUUUUCUCGAAUGAGAAGGUUUCCAUGGAUUCAAGGCCAGAAAGUACAAGCUAGGUACAAGAGUGCAGCUCCUGGUGGUCGUCCUAGAAGUACCCGAGCAAAUCCUGAGCAAGGGAAAAGCAGCACGACUGUUGAGGGUAAAAACUUGAAAAGUCGGGUCCAGGGAGGGAUUCAUGCUUUCUGGGAAGCUGUUAACACCGCCCCUGAAGUGUGGAUUCCCUUACUGCUUAAGGUUGCGGCAAAUCGUGAAGCACAAAAGCUCUUCGUGACGAUUUUACGCGCGACGCUUGAGUCAUACAACGAUCAAACUUCUGAAGCUGGCUUUCUCUUCUUAUCGAAAAAGCUACACGAGGAUGACAAGUGAAACGUAGGGGUAAGUAGAACUUUUUUUGUUGACGUCGUAUACAUACAGAUUCUUGAGCUGAUGAGAAAAUAAAGCAAAGUUUCCUUGCGAAAUUCACCUCUACGUUGAUUGUAUUUACUUCAGACGAAACUUUCUUUGAGGUAUUCUCUUUGUCAAUCAGAGUCUGAGCAGAUAAAACUCGCGAGGAUGUUGUCGGUGCGACCUUUCACAGCAAAUCGGUAAAGUCUUUGUUCUAUAGGUGCGAAUCCUGACUGAUCGUUACUCCAGGAAGUCGUGCGAAGUUAAAAGGAUCCAAAAAGCUUUCGCAAAGAAGUAGCUGGAGCGAGCAGAGACACAACAUACGUAUCUUACAAGUUGGAAAAGGAAGGCCCGGCGCAUUCGGCAAAGAUUUUGAUUUAAAACCACUCACGAAUAUGGAAGGUCACAGGUACGCAUUUGAAUUUAACUCCGGGUAAUCUUGACACCGAUUUUUGGAUUUGCUUGUUCGCGCAGCCUGGGGUUGGAAACCAUCGGUGUCACGCCUUGAUGAAAGGUAAGCCAUUUACUUUCCAAUCAAUUCAUUCAGCGCUGGUAGUAACGCUGUUCUAGAGAUGGCUGGCACGCAUCUCACGCCAGGCUGCUGUUACUAGCAUCGCCUAUCGCUGCUUGCCAGCAUCGCCCAACGCUGCUGCUGCUGCUGCUGCUGCUGCUCGCUCAGAUCAUCAUCAGUUCAUCAAGAAAUCUGUUUGUUUUUGUUCAAACUCGCGGUUUGGAUCCAGGAGCUUUCUCUGCUUGGAAAAAGCUACGCAACGCUACGAUCAAGGCGAAAAGAAAAGGAAGCCAUUUAUUUUGAGGAACGUCUUUGCAAUGAUGUGAGCUCGUAGGGGAGGCGAGAUUGUGUGUUCGAUUCGGUGAUAGCGAAAGGAAGCACUGUGGCGGAUAUUCGUUUGGAGAACCCACUGUUCUCUAAGUGUGUGCGUCAAUAAAUAGAGCGAGCUUUUGUCAUUCGGUA